AAACGAUGAUGGCGCGCGUGAUGAGUGACGGGCGUUCGAGAUCGAAUUCGUUAACGGGGCAUCGAUGAAGCAAGAUCGAGUGACGAAGUGACGAAUCGGUUAAACGUCCGACUCUGGUUUCGAGGUGAACGAGAGGAGGACGAGAGUUUGGCGGGUUACGAUGCGCGUGAAAAGUUGACGAAACCAUGUGACGCGAGUAAAACUGGGGAUAUUACGGUGCGACAGCAUAGUUGCACUGAUGCUGGAUUGUACGACGUGGUCGCCGCUCGAGUGGUUCUUUCGCCACGGAUGACAGCCGGAUGUUUUGAACAAGUGACAGUGUUACACCCCGACAGUUAAACUGGAAAAGGACCAGUGGAUCGAGUGCUUCGGUGAGGAUUACUGAGUACUGAUAGAAAUCAGUAGUGAUGCCGUGAUGGGCUGCAGCUCGGGAUCCUUCUUCCUGGCUACGCUCCUCGUGGGUGGAUUAAUCUUCGUCCUCUUCUGCGAAUCAUCCCACGCAAGUACGAGGUUGCGACAACGGUCCGGUCCUACCGACACGCCAAGAAGCGGAGGCUCGGUGAACGAGGCCGGUGUUUUCACCCUUCGUAGCAGACAGGAGGGUGGACGGCGUGCUAGAAGAACCACGACGAGCACCACCAGCACAACGGCGUCCAGCUCGACGUUGAUUUCUCUGUCGGACGAGGUGGCGCAGCCCGCGGCCCUUUUAGCCCCCGAAGAGGACUUAUGGUCUACCAGUUCUUCCGCUACAACCAAUGUUCCAGUCACCUUAGAUACAGCUGUCGCUUCGUCAAAGCCACCCUUGGAACUGGUGGUGAAACCUCACAGCAAGGUCAUACUACCGUGCGAGCUGGAGGAAAAUUACUCGAGGCUGCUGUUGCCCGGGGUCAGGAGCUACAGAAUACGGCCAGCGACAUGGUUGCACGAGGGAAGUCCUGUAGAUAUGAUUACGAUCAACACGAGGACAGAGAUGAGCGGGACUGGACAUAGAUAUAUCGGCGACUCCAUGACUGACGCGUUGCACAUAGACAACGUCAGAUUAGAAGACGACGGUAUAUGGGGUUGCAGGCUCGAGGACGACCAAGGGAAGAUACUUUCCGGCAGGCCUGUGAAGCUCGUCGUCCUCGAGGCACCCCGUGGGACGUACCUGCUGAUAGAUGGCCGUCGGUUGGACCCAGGCAACCAGUUCGUCCCUGUAAAGGAGGGGUCCGAAUUGACGUUGGAGUGCGCCGCCGAGGGUGGCAACCCACCACCCGAUUUGGCAUGGGGGAUGACUCUGUCUCAGGCCACUUUGGACGGUCCCGAGCAACCGCCGGACAAUCUGACCGUGCUGCCCUCGACAUCCGGUAGACGCAGCGGGGCACACCUCAAGGUUCUCAGGGGUCACCAUAACGCGACCAUCGCCUGCGUCGCUCGUCACGUUACCCUCACCAUACCCAUGAACGCGAGCAUUCUGUUGGACGUGCAAUAUACUCCAUCGUUCGCGAUAACGCGUUUGCCUGGUUUUGGAAUCCCGAUCGUCGAGGGGAUGUCCGUCAGCUUGAAAUGCGAGGUGGACAGCAAUCCGGCCAGCACUCCCAUUUGGCAGCGUGACAAUGGACCGCCCGUCGAGCAGAGCGACGACGGAUGGCUGAACUUCACAAAAAUCAGCCGCGCCGAGAGCGGCUGGUACAAAUGUUAUACCAGGCACAUGCUCGGCAUAUUCACCAGCAUCGGUUAUUUUCUCAAUGUGCGCUACGAUCCAGACAUGGAAACGGAAGCGGAAGCGUUGAACGGCGAGGCAACCGAUUCCCGGAAGAUGGAAGUUCAAAUCGGGGGUGCGGUGACUCUGGAGUGCGACGGUGGUUGUUGGGGACACGGUCCUGGAAUGGAUCCAGUCGGUGGUCCCGGUCCACUGGCUUUGAGUCGAGUCGUUUACCAGGAAGCCGGCGAAUAUCGAUGCGUCGCGCCCGACAGGAAAAUGCAAGACACCUGGCGCGCCCAAUUGCCGUAUCACAUCAAGGUCACCGGUCGACCCAUGAUUCAUCCACCUAAUCAAACAGUGACAGCGAAGGAGGGUGAAUCGUUGAAUAUUGUCGUUGAAUUUUGCGCCGAGCCGAGACACACCAAGAUACUUUGGAUAUCCGAGGAAAACGUUUAUGUGCCUGGUGCAGAGGCCAGGGAUGGUGUUCAAGCGCUUGCUAUUGAGGAUGGUGGCACGGAGUCCUGUUACAGAACGGUGCUGAGCUUCGACACGAUUCAAUGGUCUCAUGCCGGGGAAUGGUGGGUGUUGGUACGCUCGUCGGAAGGGAUCUCGGACGCUUCCGUUUUGUUGAACGUGACGCGAGCCUCCGAGUACAGUCACGCUCACUUCCGGUCAGCGAGUCUCACUUACCUAUCGAUGUGUUUGGCCCUGGUCAUCCUCCAGGAGCAUCGUCGCUGAGGGACGUCGUGGUGAGACGACGUCGAAAAUGUUGCUUCGUAAAGAGCCAAAGGAAGCGGAUCGAACUUGAGAAGUCAGCUUCCCUGUUCAAUGGAUGAGAAAUAAAGGGGGAAGGAAGUCAGA